UGUUCUAGCUGUCUGACUAACAUCCCGAACAUUACUUUAAUCAGGUAUAUUUAUUUAUCUGUAGAGCAAGGUCUUUAUUGUCGAUAAUUCCUUAGGGGAUAUUUAAGAAAGAGAAUAUAACAUAAGACAAUCGGAAAUCAAUUAAGCUACCCGAAAUCUCGCCAUUGAUCGACUAAAACUUGGUCCACUUACUAAUUAACUUUCCGACGACAUGAAAUAUUAAUGAGGUUACCUUUGAUUACAUUUGCGCAUAAAUUUCGGAUAAAAGAAAAUCUAUUCUUUAGUAGUGAUAAAUUAACCGUGGAAACAUGACUUAAUCUGUGAUUUAUUACCAUACCGUUAUCUUCUUCUAUUUACUUUUUUUCACAUUAGUUAGUUACAAUUCGGAUUUCACUUAAGACAUAUUGAAAAUGAAAACUGUUGUUAAUAUUUUGAAAUUUUUGUCAUGUAUGACUCUUGUGUGUUUGACAAGAGCUAGCACGGAUCUUCAGAUUUACGAAUUUACGCGUAACGUUACUCUGUCGUUUCCCGGGCAACGUUUAGUUGGACAUGUUUUUGACGAAUUUUCAACAAAAAAGCAGGUGAUUCAUUGUGCAUUUGAGUGCUUAAAGUCGACCCGUUGUAAGUCGUUCAACUACGAGCAUGAGCUCCUCGUGUGUCAGCUAAACGAUGGUGAUCAUUUUGAAUUCAGCCAGAGUUUGGUGACGGAGGGAAAUAGUACGGGGAUCGGGUACCACCAUCGUGAUGCUUUUUCUAUAGAAAAGGAAGCACUUGGCCCAUGCGCAACGGACCCUUGUGAAAAUGGCGGCCGUUGCUUAGAUACGGUAAACUCGAAAAUGGAACGCACAUAUUAUUGUAUAUGUACGGAGGAGUGGAUGGGACAAGAUUGUGAGACGCCAAUGAACAGUAUCGAAUGGGACGAUUGGGAAGACUGGGGUCCGUGCUCUGUCACGUGCGAGACUGGAUGGACAACCCGUCGCCGCCGUUGCAUGGACGUUGAAACCGGCGAAACGAAAUCGUCGUCACAUUGCUAUGGUCGGGAUGUAGAAUAUCAGGCAUGUACACUGCAAUCUUGUCCACGCUGGCUUGGAUGGUCUGAAUGGGGCCCGUGCAGCACAUCCAACACGUGCGGUCAAGGCACUAUGCAGAGGUACCGAAACUGCUCGAACGGGGGCGUACCUGGCAGAGACAGAUUCUGCCUUGGCUUCACAACAGAAACAGCUCCGUGUAAAGGAAUCAACUGUAGAGGAAUGUUGACGAUCAACAACACACUGAAGCACGGUGAUGGCAGGAUACAAAUCUCCAACGACCUUGACGCCUAUGGAAUGUCAAUUUGCGCAGACGAUAAUUGGAACUUUACCGAAAUUGAUGUCGCGUGCAAACAGAUAGGGUUCCAAGGGGCGUAUAAAGAUGCUGUAAACAACAAUUACGACAUCUCAUCGUCAACUUACGGCAGUCCUAUUUAUAAACUACACUGUGAGGGCGGAGAGAAAACCAUUCAACAGUGCCCUCGUGAGCACGUGCUUCAAUGUAGCAGACUUGCUGGUAUUCAGUGUAGAGUUCGAGGGGGCUGGAGUUUAUGGAGCGGAUGGGGCGAGUGUUCUGUCACGUGUGAAAAUGGAACGCGUACACGGACACGUGAUUGUAAUCAUCCACCACCAAAUUACGGCGGAACAGAAUGUCCAGGUGAAGAUACCGAGUUUAAGCCUUGUACCAAAGUCAUGUGUCCAAUCGAUGGAGUUUGGGCCACGUGGUCACCAUGGAGCGAAUGUGACGUCACAUGUGAAAAUGGUACCCGGUUUAGAACACGGAAUUGCACUGGCCCAUUUUACAACGGCGCUGAAUGUCCAGGAGAAAGCAAAGAUGUAGAGGCUUGCUUCCCAAAAAUGUGCCCAGUGAAUGGAAUAUGGAACGAAUGGGUCGCAUGGACAGAAUGCUCACAUACAUGUGGCUAUGGCAACAGAAACAGAUCUAGAACAUGUCACGGUCCGUUCCAUGCCGGGUUAGAUUGUCAAGGUAGUGCUGACGAAAGAGAGGCGUGUAACACCUUUUCCUGUCCAGUGGAUGGUGAUUGGAAGAUGUGGACGAACUGGGGAAAUUGCAGCGAACCGUGCGGCGGUGGUCUGCGUAACCGGACGCGAGAGUGUGUCGAACCAGAGUUUGGAGGAGCUAUGUGUGUCGGUCCAGCCGAGCAAGCCGAGGCAUGCAACCAGCACGAAUGCCCAAUCGAUGGCAUCUUUUCGGAAUGGGAAAAAUGGAGCGAAUGUUCAGUCACGUGUGCAAAUGGAACCCGGUUUCGUAACCGGGAGUGCUUUGGUCCAUAUUUUGGUGGAGCUAACUGCACGGGACCAUUGCAGGAGAAGGAAGUGUGCGUUACAGCCGAAUGUCCAGUCGAUGGAAUUUGGGACUCGUGGCAACCAUGGCAAGAAUGUAACGUCACGUGCGGUGGUGGGCGGAAGCUACGUCAAAGAAAAUGCAUUGGUCCGUAUUUUGGCGGGGCAAACUGCGAGGGAUCAACAGACGACACCGAAGACUGUAACACACAUGAAUGUCCGGUGGACGGGGAAUGGGAGCUGUGGUCGUCCUGGGAAACAUGUAACGUGACAUGUGGAGGCGGAAGUCAACGUCGUAACCGGAACUGUAUUGCACCUCUUCACGGUGGAGAUUCUUGUACCGGAAGUAGUGAGCAAUGGCAAGAAUGCAAUACUAACAAUUGUCCGGUCGAUGGUGAAUGGGAAACAUGGAUGUCAUGGUCUAAUUGUAACGUAUCAUGUGGGGGCGGGGCAUCAUUACGUCAGCGGGUGUGCCAUGAACCACAACAUGGCGGUGCUGACUGUGAAGGUGCCCACGAGGAGACAAUGGAAUGUGGAACUCUUGACUGUUCCGUUGAUGGAAUUUGGGAAAUGUGGUCUAACUGGACAGAGUGCACGAAAACUUGCGGUACGGGUGUUCAAACUCGCAACCGUACCUGCACUGGUCCGUUCAAUGGCGGUGCGGAAUGUGACGGCGACGCAGAUGCUAAACGUGACUGCAACGAAAACAUGUGUCCAGUUGAUGGUAUCUAUGGAGAAUGGUCCGAAUGGUCAUCGUGCAGUUUAACAUGUGGCAGAGGAACAACCUUCAGAAACCGCACGUGUUUCGGACCUUACUUCGAUGGGGCCCCUUGUCAAGGCCCUAAUAAUCAAUCAGAAAAUUGUUUUUCAAGCAGUUGCCCAGUUCACGGUUUGUGGAAACCUUGGUCCGAGUGGACCGCUUGUAGCACAUCAUGUGAGAACGGAACACGUUCCAGAAACCGGACAUGUGACGGACCUUAUUAUGGCGGUGAUGACUGCGACGGAAAAGGAUAUGACGUAGAAGCAUGUUUCCUGCGCUGGUGCCCUGUCGAUGGCGUGUGGGAGGAAUGGACGAAGUGGGACACGUGCCCGGUGUCGUGCGGUGGAUCUGUGCAGAAUCGGACGCGCUCUUGUUUUGGGCCAUUUCAUGAUGGUGCCAACUGUACCGGACCUACAGAGCAAUCACAAGACUGUAACACGGACCCUUGUCCUGUGGAUGGGGCUUGGACUCUAUGGUCGAAAUGGAAUGAAUGCAACGUCACGUGCGGAGGUGGGACUUCCGGUCGUUUCCGGUUCUGUACGGAAGCUGCGCACGGAGGCUCAAACUGUACUGGGCCAUCACAGGAGUUUAAAGAUUGCAAUACACAAGAAUGUCCGAUUGAUGGCAAAUGGGAGGCUUGGAGCAACUGGACAGAGUGUAGUUACACGUGCGGCACGGGUAAACGAAAGCGGUCUAGGGAUUGUGAUGGACCUUUCUAUGGGGGUGCAAACUGCACAGGGCCAUGGGACGAAAUCGAAGACUGCAAUACUCAUGAAUGUCCAGUCGAUGGCAAAUGGGACGAAUGGGCGUCCUGGAGCGCGUGCAACGUCACGUGCGGUGGUGGAGGUCGCUGGAGGUCACGUAACUGUACGGGACCGUUCCAUGGCGGAGCUGAAUGUCCUGGGCAAAACAUGUCAAGUGAAGCCUGCAAUACUCACGAAUGUCCGAUUGACGGAGUGUGGACGGAUUGGACCGGAUGGGAAAUAUGCCCUGUGACGUGCGGAGGAGGGAAUCAGUCAAGAUUUAGAAAUUGUACCGGUCCGUUUUACGGUGGAGCAAAUUGCACCGGUGUCUAUGACGAAACACGUGAAUGUAACACGUUCGAGUGCCCAGUUGACGGAGUGUUAUCCGAAUGGUCUGAAUUCUACUCAUGUAACGCCACGUGCGGCGGAGGAAUACAGUGGCGAAACAGAACAUGUAUUGGACCUUUCCAUGGGGGCGCAAACUGCACUGACCCAUUAGAAAGUUCUAGAAAUUGUAAUAUGCAUGAGUGUCCAAUUGACGGUGUUUACAACCUCUGGUCACCAUGGGAAUCAUGUGACGUCACCUGUGGAAAAGGAAUACAAUGGCGAAAUCGAACCUGUGAUGGACCUUUCUAUGGCGGAGCGGCGUGUGACGGGCCGGCUAAGCAAAAUCAAACUUGCAAUGAUUUUCACUGCCCUGUGGACGGAGUGUGGGAGUCGUGGACGAAAUGGGAUGAAUGCAGCGUCACAUGUGGGGGCGCUGUCCACUCACGGUACCGGAACUGCACCGGACCUUUCUACGGAGGGGCAAACUGCUCGGGCCCUGCUAACGAAAGCAGGGACUGCAACACACAACCUUGCCCGGUCGAUGGCGUAUUUAACGAAUGGGGAUCUUGGUACGAGUGCAACGUCACGUGUGGCGGAGGAAUACAGUGGAGAAAUAGGACAUGCAAAGGACCGUUUCACAACGGUGCCGAUUGCCAGGGAGCAUUUAAUGAGUCCCAGGAAUGUAACACAGAAUAUUGUCCGGUUGACGGAGUUUGGUUAGAGUGGCAAGCAUGGCAAGGAUGUAGCACAACCUGCGGUGGGGGUACUAUGGUGAGAGACCGAGAGUGUAAAGGACCGUUUCACGGUGGUCAAAAUUGUGAUGGAUCGGAGCAAGACUCCCGGAAGUGUGCCCCGGACCCCUGUCCUAUUCCGGGCGACUGGUUCCCGUGGUCAUAUUGGAGUUUAUGUACGGUAACUUGCAAUGGCGGCAAUAGACAGAGGUACCGGCAAUGCAACUGGGAGUCGUACGGAAAUCUGACGACAGAUUGUGAAGGUCCUGCAGAGGAGAUCGGGGAUUGUCAUACAUUUAGUUGUGAACCUUUGGCUAUCCACUGUGCAGACUGGGCUUCAAGGGGCUUAAACCAGAGUUGUGUGGCUGAAGUAGAUCCGGACGGAGAAGGGACGCUAUAUGGCCCUGUGGAAGUUGAGUGCGACUUUGACACUGAACCAGGAAAAGCUGUAACAGUUAUACAUCAUGAUCAAGAAAACGUCACUCAAGUACGAGGGUAUGAGGGCGCCGGAGAAUUUCAAGCCAUUUUGAAUUAUGUUACCGGGUGGGGUGAAGCUAUUGAAAUUGUUGAUGCGUCAAGCGAAUGCGCACAAUUUAUGAGAUGGGAUUGCAAGGCAGCCAUCAUUCACAAUCCAUUUGAUCCGGACACAUUGACAACUUUCUGGAAGAAUCGAACGGAGCAAAUGACGCGGUAUUUUGGUGGCGCCACUCCCGGAAGUGAUAACUGCGCAUGCGGGGAAACAAAUUCUUGUUUUAACGCGUCAUUGCCGUGCAACUGUGAUAUAAAUGACGAUCAAUGGAGAUUUGAUGAAGGAUGGGUCACGAAUAAAGCUGAAUUACCUAUUCACUCUUUUUAUGCCGGGGAUACAGGUGGAGAUAUCGAGGAUGGUUACAUGACACUCGGUCCUCUUCUAUGCUCAGGAAUAGCUAAUCAUUGAUGUGAUCAUCUACGUCGACUUGAAACACUGGAAAAUUCAAAUCUCAAUGAUAUUAUCCAAUCAAAAUCGAGUGUGACGUCAUCGAUACAACCUGACAAACAUUUGGUGUAAUUAUUUAUCUUGAACAAUUGAUCAAGCACGGCGUGGUGUGCAACUGAAUCCCCUUUUUAUUUUUACCUGGUUACCCAUUUUUACCCAUUUUACCCUUAUUUUUACAAUAUUUCACAUGCGUGCGAAAUGUUUUACGUAUUUCACAAGUGUGUUUAAAUCCAAUUUCUCCCCUUAUUUGGUUUACCUACUUUUUUGUAUGUCAUGUUUAAGAUUUAUAAAUUUCAGAAGAUUUGGUAAGUAUUUAAAAGGCUUUGAUGUAUAUGAAGAUUGAAUUAUCUAAAAUUUAUUGAAAAAAAUACCUUUUUUGCAGCAUAACAAGAUUCAAGAUCUUGUGAUUUAAAUUCUUUUUAUCUUGCAAAUAGUACUUUCGAAAUGUUUGGUCUUUCGGCAACAACUUCAUAAUGAUUGGUAAGUUUGUCAAUAGUGGAGAGCAGUCCGAUACACAUGAAUUCGUCUUUAAACAUUUGUAAAACAUAACACUUACAACUACAACAAUGAUCAGUUAUUAUUAUAUUUGAGAAAUUUCUGAUUUUAGAUAUAUUUCUUUCCGUUAUAUUCCAAUCUUUCACAUACAUUAAAGCCAAAAUUACGAAUGUAGACGUUUUCUUUUUGAUAUAAAAUGUUUUAUUAUUUUGAAUAUUGACAGGUGCCCCCAACGAAGCUGGCAUAUUCCAAUUGGGACCGUUGCUUUGCCACUAGGUUUAUCCCCGGGAGUAUAUCACACAAUUUCCGCUACCUUACUUUUAUAACUUGGAUCUCUAUUUCUUAAAUCACUACAAUCCAUAUGCAUGGUGCGUUUGCAUGUUUAUGUAUGUGUAUAUGUGUAUGUGUUUACACACUUAGCAAAUAUUCAAAACAGCAUAUAAUCUAUAACUAUCUCUCAGUGUGUAAACACACUGUAAUAGGGACGUAUGGGAAAUAAGAUCAAAGAGAAAGCUGCAUAAAAAGUUCUUUUCAGGUAAAGUUGAUUACGAAGAAGGAUGGAUAACUCUUGGUCCAGUUUUAUGUAAGGGCUUUGAUGAAACCCACUGGACAAAGUAGAAAAUAUAAAACAUAAAAAUCAAACACGUUUAUAACGCCUUGAAAACCAAGUAAUGAAGUGCUGAAAUUUGUCUUGGAAAGUAUUAUUUUACGCAGAUUUUUUUGUGAAUUGAACAAGAGCCUAAAAGUGGCAACAAGGCUGUAAUUUUUUACUUCAAAUUGAACAUAAUAAUCGAAAGACUGAAAACUAUCAAGUCUCCAUAACAAAUCUGAAAGAAACAUUAAAUUUGAAUUCUAGAAAUCGAUCAGGCAAACUUGGUAACGAGAAAAAAAUCAACAUACAUUCCUUUUUAGCAUUAUUUAUUAAUUACUUUCUCACUAUGACACUGCAUGCACAAUUCCUUUUCAAUGUACUUUUUCCUGUUCCCUCAAAGUGGAUUUUAUAGGAAUAUUCUAAUAGGAAUGGAAACGUCUAAUGCGGACGCAUGCGAAGGUUAGCAAGUGCCUGUAUGCGGGGAAAUCGAUUUGGUCCACGCGCAAGAAUUUAUCUUGCAGCAGAUCAGAUCGAGGUAUAAAUGGGAACAUCUUUUUAGGCCAUUGCGCGUUUUGGCUGCUGCGCUUAAAAUUUCUGUGACAUUUUAGCUACCGUUUAGUUCCAUUAUCAAUCACUUAUUCGACGAUGAUUUAUCCCUCUUUGAUCGGACACAGAAGUGGAUAGGCAGAAGAAAGUUAACCGGAAAUGGAAUAAACGGAAAUGACUGAAACGGAAGUUCAUCUAGGAAAGAUUUGAUACCAUAUGGAAGAAACUUUUAGAAUACCUAUCAGAAUUUUAAUAUUUGACAAUAACAUAACGAGAUUAUUUGUUCUUUAUAUUAAAUACGUUAAAUUAUAUUGUUAAAACGUUAUUUGUUAUUUAAAAAUAUAUUUUUAAAACUGAAACUUUUUCCUUAUUAUAAACAACUAACUCUUCUUUUGUACAUAUAAUUGCUUUUUUGUUUGAUCAUAUUUUUAUUGCUGUUAAAAGUUGUUCGGAAUUUUAUUAUAACCAGUUGUUACAUUAAAAUGAGAAUUCUUACAAAUAAUGUUUAACAUGACACGAACUCUGCUGAAAGUAUUUAAUAUCUUUGGGGUUUCACUUUUUUAU